AUGAGCACUCCAGGAAUGAGCGAAAUCACGAAUUCAAACUUGCCAGAAGUCACCCUCGGUACCCAGAUGUCAUCUUUCCACUCUCCACCACCUUCACCUCGCCAGCAAGGACCACGCAGACCUACGAGCGGUUUCUCCAUACCCAGUGGUUUGGCUAGUAGGAUGACGAGCUCCUCGACUCAGUCCUCCGAACCGGUUCUUACCCCGGCAAAUGGUUCAAGACGCGCGAGCAAGAAUGGCCUUCUGUCUGUGCUGGACGAGCCUACCCCUCGUGCGGGUACGAAACCUGAUGCGAGUGAUGAGGAUAUGCCGAAUGCGACGGAGCUGAGCAGUAGCCGACUGAGUGGGAUAUGGGAUGAGCCCGGUUCGGCUGGUGGGGAGAAAGAGAAAGAGGGGAAGAAGGGAAAGAAGGGGCAAUUGACACUCCGUGAACAGGAGAAGGCUGCAGAUCGUCUCGAGAAGGAAAACUUCAACCUCAAGCUCAAAGUACAUUUUCUAGAAGAACGACUCGCGGAGAUGUCCCCUGAGCAAAUCGACGCUGCUCUCAAGCAGAAUAUCAACCUCAAGAUCGAAGUUCAAUCGCGCGGUAUGGAACUCAAGAAGCAAAAGAAACUCAUUCUCGAGCUUGAGAAGACUGUGGAUCGGCUACAAAAGGCCACCGGGCGAGAGCGAGAGCGUAAGCUCGAGGAGGAACUUAAAGAACUGAAAGAACAAUUGAGACGGCGAGGUCCGGCGAUGAAUGGCUCUGCGACGGCGGGGGAUAAGGCCCUCGCGGAGAAGUACGCAGAGCUGAAUGUCCGGAACGAACAGCUCGAGUUGGCGCUAGAGGAAGCACAGGGCGCACUGGAGGAGAACGUCAAGGAGCUGGACCAGAUGCGAGCGCUUGGGGACGUGUCUUCCGGCAAGGGUCGUCUGGACCGGCUUAAGCAGCAGUACGAGCAGCGGAUAUCCGAGCUGGAGGAGGCGAAUGAACAGCUGGCUGUUGAACGGGAUGAGCAGGCCCAGGAGCUGGACAGGGGUGAGGAGGUGAGGGAUAGGCUGGAGGAUGAGUUGGAGACAGCGAAGUUGGGGCUUGAGGAGCUCACGCGGAGAAGGGAGAUGGAGCUUGCCGAUAGGAGUGAGAGCAGGGCGGAGAUGGAGGAGGAGAGAGAGGGUAAGGAGAGGCUCCAGGAUACCUGCAACUCUCUGCGGGACCAGCUGGCUUCUACCCAGAUCGAGCUGGAGCGCAAGGAACGCGAGUGUGACGAGAUGGAAGAAGAACUUGCAAACAGGGACGAGCAGAAGCAGGAAGAGCUGUACAAGAUUGAGGAGAACUGGCGGGGAGAGCUGGAAGCUGCUAACGCGCGUGUUGAGAAGCUCCAGGAUGUCGUUGACCAGCGAGAGCAGGAAGCGAAGGAGUCACAGGACCGGCUCGAAGCCCUCGAAUCGGACUUCAGAGACUUGCACAACCGGUUUGAUGAGGAGGUCGAUCUCUGGGCUGGGGAUAAGGAGAAGAUGGAGCAGGAACUUGCGGAGCGGGAAGAGGAGCUCAAAGCGGCUAACGAGGAUGUUCAGAAGUAUGGCGAGCGAGUCCAGGAACUGGAGGAGGAGCUAGAUGGGCAGGCGAGAGAUUUCGAGGCACUUGAAGAACAGAUGCGUGCUCUUGAGCGAGAGAAGGCUGAGACGGAGGAGAUGCAUGAGCAACUUGUGAACGCUCUUAAAGAUAAAUUGGGAGAGAACCGGGUCGAUCUUGAGGACGUGCAGGAACUGUAUGAGGAAGCGAGGCAGACGCUCCUCGAAGCCAAGGAGAGGAUCGACGAACUGGAGGCGAAGAUCGAGGAUCUGGAAGCCGACCUUGACGAGGAGCGUCAAGGUGGGCAAACGCUCAAGAUCGAGCAGGCGAAAUGGGAACAGGAGAGAAAGGAGAUGGAGGAACAUUGGGGUAGGGUGGUGGCUGAUAAAGACCUUGUGAACGAUCGCCUACGUACUCAGCUCAGGGAUACCGAAGGCCGUCUAGCGGAGAAGGAAGACGACCUUGAUAAGCUGGAGUCUGCCAUGACCGAAACACGCAAGCUUAGCGAGAGCAGAACAUCUGAUCAGUUCGCCAUGCAGCUCGAGCUGGAUCGCGUUAAGCGGGAUUUGCAGAGGUGCGAAGCGGAUCUGGAGAGGGUCAGGAAGGAGCUGGAUAAGCGGGAAGACAUCAUUCGUGAGAGGGAAAAUGUUAUCGCUGGUUUGCAUGCCAGCAGCCGUGACAUUAGCUCCCAACUAGCGGCAAUGACGCAGACCAAGCUCAACCUGUCCGAUAAGCUGGAUAUGGAGCAGCAAGCACGCAAGGCUGCCGAAGUAGAGCGCGAGAGCUACCGUGCACGCGUGAACGACCUUGAGACGCGCUCGUCUAAGUCGGAGCGUAGCUUGAUCUCGAAUGAACAGCGCUUCCGCGAGCAGAUCGCUGAGCGGAACACGCUGCUCAUGACUGUGUUCAAUUAUAUGGAAGAGAUUCUCGGAGUCGAUAAGAGUUCCCGGAAUGCUGGCCAACCAGAUCCUAAGCCCUUCACCAACUUCCCGAUCUUCCACGAAAAGCUCAUGGGCCGGCUGAAGUCUGUCAGUCAGAUACAGCUCGACUUCGACAAGCGGUGUAAAGAAAUAGAAGUGCAUUUCACGGAGAAGAUGGGUGAUCUGAAGAAGCAGCUUGAUCAGCGCUGGAAACAGAUUGAUCGUUUCGAGACUACUUUGAAGGGAGCUGCAGAGGCGAAAGCCAAGUGGCGUAGGCAGUAUAGCACCAAGGAAGGCGAAUUAGAUGCUCUCAAGGCGUCCAACACGGAGCUCAUGAACCAGGUGAACGCCAUAAGGAAAGGCACCUCCGAGGCACCUUCAGAACUCCGCGCUCUCAGCGCCCGCGCCGUCAACGCCGAAAAGCAACUCUCAGUGCUCCAAAAUCGCCUCCGAGCAGCAGAAGAAGCCGCUAUGCAGGCGAACGAGAACAAGGGCAUGACUGAGUCCAAAUUCGCUGCUCGUGUGAGGGAGUACGAGACCCGGGAGAAGGCUUCGGCGGAGAAGAUCAAGCGAGAACGGCAGGGUGCGAAGGAGAUGGAAGCGACGCUCCGAGCACAGAUUGACCAGCUACGAGCACAGCAGGAACAGACAGAGAGGCGUCUGAACCAGCUGCGCGAGAUGAAGGAAACUGGCCAGCAGGGCCCGAGCCCACCUAGACUCUCACGAUAG